UAGACAACAUCCUGUUGUUGGGGCGCUCAUCUCUUUUUUUCAUACUGGCUGCCCUGGGAGUCAGGUGGCUGAUUGUGACUGGUAACCACCGCAGCAGCAAAGGCAGCAGCAGCAUUUCCCUUUUACCAUCUUCCUCUGGGCCUAUACAAGAGUCCGCCUGGCAUGGAUGCAGUCACUGUGUACCAUGGCAAAAUCAGCAGGGAGACCGGGGAGAAGCUCUUGCUCGCUACGGGCCUGGAUGGAAGCUAUCUGCUAAGAGACAGCGAGAGUGUUCCUGGCGUGUACUGCUUGUGUGUUUUGUAUCAAGGUUACAUCUAUACAUAUAGAGUGUCGCAGACAGAAACAGGUUCUUGGAGUGCUGAGACAGCACCUGGAGUACACAAAAGAUUUUUCAGGAAAAUAAAGAAUCUGAUUUCAGCAUUUCAGAAGCCAGAUCAAGGCAUUGUAAUACCUCUGCAGUAUCCAGUGGAGAAGUCCUCGGCUAGGAGUCCACAAGGUACCACAGGUGUGGACUCCUGCUCAGUUUUCAAACACUUGGGAAGCUUAGAGUUAGGGGGUCAACCUAUUCAUGACCACAUAAGAAGCAGGAAGAUUCAUAAGAAAAAUUCAACAAGGAGGUAGCUGCAGCCAGCAAAUCAGAUGAGAGGGAGAAGUGAUUCUGAUGUCUGCCUGAAAGCACCAUGAAGAACGCACCCUGUCCUUUAUUUUCAAUAAUUUAAGUAUAUGCCAAGUCUUGUAUAUUGUAGAUAAUACAGUUCAGUGAACUGCAAAUGCCUUUUAAGCACCACUCUAGUCCUGUAAUAGGAGCAUCUCGCCUAUGUCAGAGCUGAAAGUGGACAUUGUAGAUGACAAGUGUUUGAAAGUGAGCACCAGGAAACAGAAUCUUUUAGAGUAUUUUUACUUCCUGAAUUUACAAAGAGAAACAGUUUAAAGCACAAUGAUGACUUUACAAGAUUAAUGUCAGUUCUUGCCACAUGUAAAUAAAAAUAAUCUUCAUUUUUUUGGUCAAAA